UGUUCUCUGGUUAUAAAGAAGGUCACAGAGGAGGAUGCUGGUUAUUACACCUGCAGACAGUUCAGAUCAGGAGAACAACAAGGUCCAGACUCUCGUGUUUAUCUGUCUGUUGUUACCAUGACUGAACAUCCGGACAAUGAUGAGGUGACGUUAAACUGCUCUGUGACGAGACGUGGAGAGUGUAUACACACAGUGAAGUGGCUGCUUCAGGGUCGAGAUGUGGAUAAAGAUCACAGAGAGAUAAAGACAUCACAGUCUCUCUGCUCUGCCUCUGUGACAUUUCUGACUUCUCAUUUUAGUUACACACCAAGGUCUGAGUUGUUUACUUGUGAAGUAACUGAUGGUGCCAACGUGCAGACCUUCAGCCCUCAGUCCUCAGGUGAAGAUGCAGGGAAGGUGACUGCAGUGUCAACAACAUGGACAACAGUGAGAAUCAGCACAACCAAAACUGCAUCUGUAGACGACAAAAAUCAAGGUCGGUGGUGGUGGAUCAUCGUUGUGAUCGUGGGUGUUGCAGCACUCACAAUAAUCACUGUGGCUGUCAUCAGACGGAAGAGGACUCAAGGGACUGAAACGCAGACGGAUGACAACGUGGCUGACCCUGAAGACGGUGUUUCCUACGCCUCCAUCAGCUACACCAGGAAGAGCAGCAGGAAAGCCAGGGCUCACCUUCAUGAUGAUGAUGAAGAUGCAGUGACCUACAGCACUGUGGGAGCUCCCUCCUCUUCCUCUGCUGCCUCCGCUGAUCCCAGCCUCCUCUACGCCACCGUCAACAAAGCAAGAAAGAAACCGAUGUAAUGUUUAAAUCAAUAGCAUGAUCUCUUCGAUCAAAGAUUCAGAGUUUAAGGGCACAGCUAGCAGAGUUUAAUCAGAUUUAUAUUAACCUUGUUUUUGCUUUUUUGGCUUAAAUGCAUCAAAGUGAGAGUACAGCAGCAGCUUUAUGAAAACAUGUGAGUCCCUCUAGAGGUGGAUUGUGAAAAAGGUUCAGACAUGUUGGAGAUUUACUGUAUUCUUAAUACUUAGAGCAUGGGCUAAAUGAUU